AUCGGCAAGAGCAUCUCCUACGACCUGGACGGCGAGGAGAGCUACAGCACCUACCUGCGCCGCGAGUCCGCCCAGAUCAGCGACGCCUACUCCAGCUCGGACCGGUCGCUGAGCGAGCUGGAGGGCAAGUUCCGCCAGGGGCAGGAGCAGGGCGGCCGGGAGGAGGCUCGCCUGGGCGACAGCUUCCUUGGGCUGCCUCACGCCCGAGCCCUGCUGCGGGAGACCCGCCACAUCUCCAGCGGGCUGCGGGACAAGCACGACCUCCUCGCCCUCACCGUCCGCAGCCACGGCGCCCGAACUAGUGACCUCAUGGCACUGGAAGAGAAGCUGUUUGAUGCACAUCUGAGGUCUGCUCUUGUCAAUCCUGCUCACGUUCAGUUACACUUUGGUCUGCAAACCAUCCAGUUG